AUGUCGCUUUUUCGCCUGCACGUCGGUUAUUUAGGGGAAAAGUCGCUUUUUCCCCCUUACGUCGUAUAUUUGGGGGAUAUUUGUAGACAAUUUGUCGUAACGUAUAACAUUUGAAUGAACCGCAAUAAGGAACAACAUUUUGCUGAGUAUGUCAAAAAUAACGAAUUAUUACAUUAAAUUUAUGAAUUUCAUCAUUAUUACUCAUGCAAUAAAAUACGGACACAGGCUUUUGUAUGUGAUGCGUUUGUACUUACUUUCUCUGUUGUUUAGCUAAGGUGUUCCGACAUGGUUGGCCGCCAUCACAAAUUAUUUACACGAUGCAAGUGAGUGACGUGCUCUGUGUUUUUAGUUCCUUCUAACUGUUUAUGUUGUUAGUCUAAUAACAUGAGUUUAUGCGAAUUCAGUGAUAGAGCUCGUAGACGUAGGGCAACCGUGAACUUGUCAAGAGUCCUCGGAUGUCAUAGAACUACUUAUAACAGACGUUGGAAUAAAUUACGUACUGAUUUUCUGAGGAGACAUGACUUGCUUUCGUUUUGUAACUUUGCUAAUGAAAGCACAACUACAGUUGACAGAGAAAAUAAUUGUCAUGAGAUUCCUUCAACUGUAUUACCUUCCACAAGCUGUACCAAUGAAAGGCUUCUGGAAGAUAAUGAAUGUUCUACCGUCGAUUUACCCUGUCAAAAGCCUUUGAGUCGCAAAGAGAAGAUUAACAGGAUACUAAUGCAUUUAAUGACAUCCACCUAUCUGAGUAUCCGGGAUGCAGACAGGGUUUUGAAUGAAUUUCGCCUUAUCGUACCAGACUUGCCAACGAGCAUUAGAAGUAUCUUGAGAACAUGCACAAGUGUACAACCUAAGUCCAUCAGCAGCGGGGUUUACUACCAUCUUGGAUUGAAAACUAGCCUCCUUAGAUAUGUAGAACUGUGGUUGUGUACUUGCGAUUUUGACAGUCUGCAAUUAUAUAUUAAUGUAGAUGGCCUUUCUAUGUCCAGGAGCUCCAGUCAACAUUUGUGGCCUGUAUUAGGAAGGAUCGUUGCACCCAGACUUAGUGAUGUCUUCAUGAUAGGGAUCUACGGAGGGAAUACUAAGCCAGCACAAUUCAACGAAAUUUCUGCCGACACUAUUUCUGAAAUAAAAGAAAUGACUGAAACGGGUCUACUAAGUGUAAGGUUCAAUAAAUACAUAGCUAUUAAGUUAAGUGCAGUUAUAUGUGAUGCACCGGCUCGUUCGGAUGUUAGGUACACUGUUAAUCACAACGCCAAAGUAGGUUGCGACCGGUGCGUGGUUAACGGUAGACGACUUGAUGGAACGAUGACUUUCCCAAACGGUGAAUAUACAUUAAGAACGGACGACACUUUCAGGAAUCAAACACAAUAUAUUCACCAUAAAGGUCAUUCUUUAUUCGAAAGUCUACCAAUAGACAUGAUAUUAACUUUCCCCUUAGAUCCCAUGCACAUGGUUUACUUAGGUGUCACAAAGAAACUUGUGACUCUCUGGAUAGAAUUAGGACACAAGAGACUAAAGAACAUGAACUCAUGUGUAAUUAGGACCAUAAAUAAGUUGAUAUCUAGGUGCGUAGAAAGCACUCCUUCCGACUUUCCGCGUAAAUGUCGAACAUUAGACUACUUAUCUGUAUGGAAAGCGACAGAGUGUAGGUUGUUUCUUCUAUACUUAGGCCCGGUUAUUCUCCAAAAUAUUCUGCCUAAACCUUUGUAUAUAAAUUUUAAGUGUCUUGCUUUGUCUAUGUACUUGCUUGCACAUCCUAAGUUUUAUAAUAGGGUUACAGAAUCUGAUAGGAUGGAUUUAAGGAAUUUUCUAAGAGAAUAUGAAUGGUGUUACAGAAGUGAGAACUUGGUAUAUAAUGUGCAUUCCCUACAGACAUGAGAGACAAAGUCCAGAAGCGUCAUCGACGUAACAAGGAACACGUAUGUACGGCUUUAAAGUGAUUACUGUUUUUGCAUUAUGUAUAGGAACAGUCUUUCGUAAUCAAGGAUAUAACCGUAAGUCCAGCUCUAAGUACCUUGUUGUGCAAAACAAGUUUCCUAGAUUCAAUAACGUUUUUCUUUAUCACAUUUUAGAAUUCACAAGAACUGUUUGACUUUCCAUAGUACAACAGGCCUGGUGGAGAUAAAGAAUACGUGAAAUGCCUGGUCCGUGACGAUGACAAUUACAUAUGGAGCAUUGAUACUCUACCAUCUGCCAACUGCUCAUUACUUUGUACAUUGAAGAACUUUUUGUUUUCAAUAAAAAUUUGCAAAUU